AUGAGAAACAGACUGCAACGCGCGCUGUCCUCCUCCAAGAACGAGAAAAACGACGGGUUCGAGGGUGGUGGUGGUGGUGGUGAGAAAAACGGGGGGACUUUGAGUCGAGAAGGGGGUUUCGAAGAUGAUGAGGAUGAGGAUGAUUUGCAAAGGGUAAAUCAACAAAAAUCCUUAACAGGAGGGUCGCCGAAACGGAAUCGAGGACCGAAGAAAAUGGUAAGGAAAACCAUCGAGAAGACGAAAUCGGUGGCGAGGAAACGAAUCACGGGAGAUCCAAACUAUCGGAUACGAGAUUUUCUGAAAGUUCCAAAGACGAUCAAGACGGUGGAUAAAGUCGCGUUCUUCUCGGGCGUGUUCGGGUUGUUAACCACGGAAGCGGUGGCGGUGAAGUAUCCGGAAAAGUUUUGGGUGUUUUAUUGCUACGCGAUGCCGAUCUUACUGUUAACGAGGAUGGUGUAUUACGUGCAACUCAAGUGGCAAUACUUUAUGAUGGAUUUUUGCUACUUUUCGCACGCGGCAACGAUGUAUUUUCAUUUGUACGAUUACGGGAACGUGAAAUUGUACCGAACUAUUUUUACGUUUUCGAAUGGACCGAUAUUGAUUGCGAUUCCGAUUUGGAGAAAUUCGCUCGUGUUUCACUCGUGGGAUAAAGUCCAAUCGGUUUUUCUUCAUUUAUGGCCGGCGGUAUUGACGUGGUGUGGACGAUGGUACGGCCAUGGCGACGACGAGAAAAGAUUGGACGUCGCCGAGUUGACCUUGGACGCGUAUAAACACUACACGAAGGAGUUUUGGAUUUACCCGAUGACGUUAUACAUCGUCUGGCAGGUAGCGUAUCUCAUUAAAACGGAAAUCAUGGACGCGAAGAAAUUCCGAGAUGAUCCGGAACUCGUCACCUCUUUGCGUUGGAUUUCCAUGCACACGAAAAAUCGAAAGAACGCGUGGACGUUGAAACAAUUCCGCAAAAUCGGUUUCUUUGGUCCAGACGAAGAGUACUCCCCGGACAGCAUAAAAACCAAAUUUGUGUUCGUCUUCAUGCAAUUCAUCUACACCACGAUAACCUUCGUCGUCGGCACGGCGUGUUACGUCAACUUUUACGUGCACACGUUCAUCAUUUUACUCUGUUUCAGCUUUUGCGUUUGGAACGGCGCGACGUAUUACAUCGAGAUUUUCAGCAGUCGAUACCAACAGUACAUCUCCGUCGCCGAGGAAAGGGAAAGAAUAACACGAAUGAGCUCCGAAGACUUAGCCUUAGGAGGAGACGAAGGAGAACAGCAGCAGCAGCAAAGGCCUUUAGAUGAUUUAGAUCGCAUAUUGAAGCAUCCCAGGUGA